UUUACGUGCGCACCAUUACAUCCACUCAACAGUGAGAUUUUGAUCCACCCCGCCAUACAACUUGCAUCCGGUGAAGCCAGCGGAGAACCAGCUCAUUCAGCGACAUGUUCUCCACGCUGCAAACGGCUCCUCCGCCCCGACUCAUGGCGCUCCGGUCGCGUCUCCUAACUUCCACACGGGCCCAUCUGUAUCUGCGACCCACACUUUGUAGUGCCGCGCUGGCGCGGAGGACCUCCGGUGUUCCGGCAACAACCGACGCUGGGAAGAAGCUGAAGACCAUCGCGGACUUACCGGGGCCCAGCGUUUCCACCACCCUCUACUGGCUCUUUGCUCAAGGGUACAUGGACAGAAGUCACCUCCUGCAGGGUCUGCAGAAGAGCCUGUAUGGUCCAAUAUGGCAGUCCAAGUUCGGCCCAUUUGAACUGGUUAACUUGGCAAGCCCAGAACUCAUUGCACAGGUGAUUCAGCAGGAGGGUCAGUACCCCACCCGAACAGAACUGCCCCACUGGAAGGAAUACCUGGACCUGAGAGGGAAGGCGUACGGCCUGCAUGUGAAUUCAGGACCUGGAUGGCAACGUCUACGCAAGGCCCUGAAUCCCAAAAUGCUGAAGCCCCAGGAGGUGGUGAUGUACGCUCCCCUUAUACACCAGGUUGUGGGCGAUCUGCUGCAGCGUAUCGACCUGCUGCGCAGGCGUAGUCCAGAUCAGGCGACUGUCUCCGAUGUGGCCGCUGAGCUUUACAAGUUCGGCUUUGAAGGAAUAUCCGCUAUCUUGUUUGAGAGCCGCCUCGGCUGCCUGCAGGAGGAGAUUCCCAGAGAAACUCUACGUUUCAUCGCAGCGGUAAAUGACAUGCUGAAAAUGUCAGAGGUCGUUGUGAUCUUCCCGCACUGGACCCGCAGCAUCCUUCCAUUCUGGCGCCGCUUCAUCCAGGCCUGGGACGUGCUCUUUGAAAUUGCCGGCACCUUGAUUGACAGUAGAGUGUCUGAGCUGGAAGGACAAAUCCAGCGGGGUGAGCCAACGGAGGGGAAGUACCUGACCUACUUGUUGUCGAUGGACCAGCUGAGCCUGUCCGAGGUCUACAUCACCGUGACGGAGCUGCUGCUGGGAGGAGUCGACACGACGUCCAACACAUUAUCCUGGUCAUUGUACCACCUGGCCAGAGACCAAAGAGUCCAGGAUCGUCUCCACCAGGAAGUCAGCGCUGUGUGUCCAGACCUUCAGGAGCCAAACGUGGACCACCUGCAGAAGAUGCCAUACCUGAGGGCCGUCAUCAAGGAGACGCUGCGUUUGUAUCCAGUGGUUCCAGGAAAUGGCCGCUUUAUCACAGAGAACGAGGUGAUUCUUGACAACUACUGGUUCCCAAAGAAGACUCUGUUCCAUCUGUGUCACUACACCAUCUGUCGGGAUGAGUCAGAGUUUGUAAACCCAGACUCUUUCAUCCCUGAGCGUUGGCUGCGCUCGGGGAAGAGAGUGGCCGGCGCUUUCCAGCACCAUCCCUACAGCUACAUCCCAUUUGGGGUGGGAACGAGAGCCUGCGUGGGGAAGAGAGUGGCCGAGAUGGAGAUGCACUUCGCUCUGACCCGGUUGCUGCAGAUGUUUAAGAUCGAGCCUGUGGACGACUCAGUCAUUCAACCAAAAACCAGAACCCUUCUGAUCCCUGACAGGCCCGUGAACUUGCGCUUCCUGCCAAGAAUCGCAGGAAGUCCACUGGCAGAGUCAAGUUCACAUUAGGUCAAGAUUUUCUCAGGUCUUGUUCGCUCCGGUGGUGUUGCCAGGCCAGGAUUAGCAAGAGACAUGCCUAUAUUUCUCAUAUAUAUAGAGAGAGAGGGAGAGUGAGAGAGAGAGAGAGAGAGAGAGAGAGAGAGACACCUACUGUUCUACCGUGCGUUCUCACCUUGUGUUCUCUUGCACUGAAAGGUUGAGUUGACCUACGUUUCUCUACUCCCCUCUAGUGGUCAUUGUGUCAAUCUGUUUUUGCUUUCAACUGAGGCGCACUUUAAGACAGUUGUUUGCUGAAUUGUUUUUGUAUUUUGAGAGAAGGAUGAGGUGGACGGGAGCAAUGAUCCCAACGUGAGUAUUCUUACCACAGCUUUGUGGGAUAUACAGGCCAUGUAGCUGAAUGCCUCCUUCUGAUCCCACAGUCAGAGAGGUUCUCUCACUUGUUUGGUUUAUUUAUAGGAGUAUUUUUCCUGAUACAAAAACAAAACCAGGAUCCCAAAACAGCCCCAGAAAGGGUCUGCUACAAACC